GGCGGCGGCGGCGGAGGCCGUGCGGGGAGCGCUCAGUCUCUCACUCAGUCCCUCCUCCCUCUCCCUCCCUCCCUCCCUCCCCCGCCCCCCAGCACCCUCGCCCCGCGCGGCGCCUCAGACGCCGGACUGUCCCAGCCCCGAUAUGGCUCGUGGACAGCAGAAGAUUCAGUCUCAGCAGAAAAAUGCCAAAAAACAAGCUGGACAAAAAAAGAAACAAGGACAUGAUCAGAAGGCUGCUGCCAAGGCUGCCUUGAUAUAUACCUGCACUGUUUGUAGGACACAAAUGCCGGACCCCAAGACCUUCAAACAGCACUUUGAGAGCAAACAUCCUAAGACUCCACUUCCUCCAGAAUUGGCUGAUGUUCAGGCAUAAAGUUGUUUACAGGUGAAUUCAUGGCACCUAUUGACUCUUCUACUAUCUCAGACCUUAGGUAACAAACCUGCAGCUGCUUUUCUAACAAACUGUUGAUCAGCAAAAAUAAAGGGGCUACAGAAACACUCAUUUUUAUGCUGUUCCCUUUUGGGCUUCAUGCAAAGACAAUUGUGUAAAUGUACAGUUGGGCCCUGAUUUGGAAAUCCUGAAAAUCAGUCCAUCCUUGUUAAAAAAAUUUUUUUACAAUUGUAAUUAUAUUGAUGUUCAUAUUGUGUAAAAUAACUCAUUUAAUAAAGUAGUACUUUGAUUUUACAACAUCACAGGAUAAAUGCUUGUAGAAGUUCUGUUCCACCUUUACGCAUCUGCCUUAAAAUCUAAUGAAGACAGCUAGAAUUGCAAAUGCUUUGCCUCUGCCCCCUUUUCCCAUGAAAUUUGUUGGUUAUUGGAACCUAAAGCAGAUUCAUUCAAUUCAUGUAUUCCUAUUGUAUUGUUUUAGGAAGACAGCUAGUGAAACAAAAGAAGCAUUGAUUAAUUGCUGUCACUAUAAAUUUGAUAAAUAUUUUAAUUUGUAAGUUUGUUUAGUAAAACUCUUUAUGAAUUAUGUGCCAUUCUCCUUUCUUCAGCAGUACCUGUAUUGGGUGUGCCAAUACUGAAAACUUUUGGGACCAGGUUCUGAGAAAGGAACUGCAAAUUUGACAAAAUAAUCCUUUUCUUGCUGGCCCUGAAUUGGAUAUAAAUUAAAUUAUUAGUUAAAGAACAGCUUACAAGUAUUUGGUAAAUGAUUAAAGGAACCGAGUUUUCCUUGUGAAAAAUAAGGUUCUAAACUGUAUAUCUGCCAUAAUGAAAGGGUGAAAAAUUAUUUAACCAUUUUAUGUACUAUUAAGCUUGGAAAAUUUAUAACCAAACUGGUCUGUUUUCCUUCUAUAAUAUAUGUCUCUUUCAGAAUUAUUCUAGAUGGCUUUAAAUGUAAAACUUUAGAUUCUGAAAGGAUUAUUUUAAAUAUUUGCCAAAGUAAUUGGAAAAUGAAUUAGUUCAAAAUGGGCCAGUUUUGUGACUACUAAAUGGCAUUAACAAGAAGAAUGAAAUGACAUACUUAAGCUAAGUACUUAUAUUGCUGUCAUUGGCUUUAAGAGUGUAUUUUGGUCUUAUUUUUAAAUGAAAAGGCUAUAUGCAUUGGAUUUGGGUUAAGGGUCUUAGAACAGUUUUAUACCCAGAGACUUGUUAUAUAAGUAUGUUAAAGGUAUUUGUGGAGAAGAGAAUUCAAAUGAAGUUAAAUCCUGCCAGGGGAAGAGAGGCUAUGUAUAGAAAUUGAUUCUUAAAUUUGUUAAUAGAGUGCCCAUUUUAAUUGACUUGAUUUUUUUAAAAAAUGUAAUAGGAAGAACAGUAUUCAAAUAUAAACUUAGGGAGUAGUAGCACAUACUAGUAGCCAGAUCUUAAGGACACCAGAUUCUAUCCUUUUUUUUUUUUUGGUGAGGCAAUUGGGGUUAAGUGACUUGCCCAGGGUCACACAGCUAUUAAGUGUCAAGUGUCUGAGUUCGAAUUUGAACUCGGGACCUGCUGAAUCCAGGGCCAGUGCUGUAUCCACUGCGCCAACUAGCUGCCCCUAUCCUCCUUUAACUGUCACUGCAGAUUGUUCCUACAGUGUAUCAUCUACAAUAUUGUAUGUAUUAUUACUGUUUAAAAUGAGGUUUUAAGGGAAAGAUCUGAUGAUCUGAUGGAGAUAGUUAUAGUUCAUAAGAAAACUCUUACUGUUCACCUGACCAAAAUCUUUUAGUGCCCUUUGCCAUUCCGUGAAUGUUACAUGACUAUUGCUUAUAUGGUAUCUUAAUAUUGAUUUAUCAGAAGGCUAGAAUUCUGCUUUAUUCAUGUGCUGGGUAUUAUUCUGGUUAAAUUCAGUUAAAAGGAAGUCUUCUGAGCAUAUGUUUUUUCAAUGUUUAGUGAAGUUUUUCACUUAAAAAUCGUUAUCUUUGAAUUUCAGUUUUUCUUUGAGUUGCCUUACUAAUUGUAUAAUUUUUUAAAUAAAAGGUUUUUAUGUUUGUAUUCAAUUCAUUAUGAGAAGCUAAAGAACCACAUUUAAAGCUGUAUCACAGUGAUAGGAAAAAUAGCUGCAUUUAUCUUGCAUAAAACUUAAUUCUCAGACUUAACAUGUGAAUUGUUCUAUCAGCUAGUUUUCUUUGGUCGUUGUGUGUGAUUUAAAUAUUCAACAGGGGAAUAUCUUAAAAUUUCAGAGCCCUAACGAAAUAUUUUUGUAAUUUGAAGAUUCUAUAACAGAUCUAAUUGUUAUGAUGUCUUCAAAAGGCUUGAUAAAAUAUAUUGAGGGAGGAUUUUUUUUUCAUUUAUAAGUAGACAUCAGUUGCUGAAGGGAGUGGGGUUAAUAGUAAAUUUGUUUCCACUCUUUCAUAUGAUUAUACCCCCUGUUAAGUGACACACUGGAGGCUCAGUUGUGUGCUGUAUUGUCUUAUUAAAGAAAAUAUUAAAGAAAAUAAAGUAGUGUAAAAUCUA